CAAUGACGGCUGAUGGUUAAGUAUGCAGACUGGGGCGAGGCGAGGCCCUUUGUUGACACGGAUAGCAGCGUAAGAGCUGAAGAAGGGGGGCUUGUGAGACAAUAAAUAAGCGAGCGAGUGAAUGAAGAGCUUCAACGAAGGAGAAGCUUUAUGGACGAAGACCCUCAGCGAGAGAAAGUGCGCAGGUUAGGCAGGCACGAUUUGCACGGGGAAGGGAAGAAGGGGAAAGAAGAAAGGGAAGGACAGAGGAAAGCGAGAGAAACGAGAGAGGAAAGGGAAAGAAGGACUGGAUGGCUGGAAAAGAAAAUCUUCUUCAAAAGAAAGUGGGAAGACUUUCAGGGAGGACAAACCAAGGCAAGAAAGGAGUCGUGGCCCCGAAAAGGCUGGUGGACCUGAGACCGGGGAGGGGGGCGUCUUUCUCUCCUUGCGACGUUACCGGACCUGUGUAUGAACGCUGCUCAUACCUGUAAUUUACUCAAUUUACCGUGCCUGUCCGGGUUUAAUUAAUUAACUUCGGGGGGGCGAUUGGCCCACGGUAACGGAGAGCGGAAAAAGAAAUCGAGGAAUCCUGAUCUUGGUCCUGGAAACGAAUGGUCCAUUUGGUUUAGUUUGCUCCAUCCUGUAACACCUCGCCAAUGGCCAACUUCUUGCUCAUGCGUCUGCUGAUUCGUUGUGCUUUCCCUUUGGCUCCGUUUCCU